GGAUCAAACUACUGGUCAGGAAGUUCUUCCAGACCCAGAGAAAGGAAGAGGAAGAGAGACCGUUCUUCUUGUAUGUGGCGUUCCACGACACCCACCGCUGUGGCCAUUCCCAGCCGCAGUACGGAGCAUUCUGUGAGAACUUUGGGAACGGCCAGAGUGGAAUGGGGAGGAUUCCAGAUUGGAAGCCAGAAUACUACAACCCAGACCAAGUCAAGGUGCCCCAGUUCGUCCCAGACACCCCUGUAGCGAGAGCUGAUUUGGCUGCCCAGUACACUACAGUUAGCAGACUGGACCAGGGUAUUGGUCUGGUGCUGGCUGAGUUGAGGGAGGCUGGUUAUGAGAAUGACACCUUGGUGAUCUACAGCUCUGAUAACGGCAUCCCUUUCCCCAACGGACGCACCAACCUGUACGGAUCAGGCACCGCAGAACCCAUGUUGGUGUCAUCACCUGAACACAGGGAGAGAUGGGGAGGAACCAGCCAGGCCUACGUCAGCCUACUGGGUGAGAGGGAGGGAGGGACCAGCCAGGCCUACGUCAGUCUACUGGACAUCACCCCCACCUUACUGGACUGGUUCUCCAUCCCGUACCCCUCAUACUUCCUCCCGGGCACCCCCACCACCCCUGUCAGCCUCACAGGCCGCUCCCUCCUCCCUGCCCUCGUCACCGAACCCUCACCUGCUGCCUGGCACACUGUCUAUGCCAGCCAGUCCCUCCAUGAGGUGACCAUGUACUACCCUAUCCGCUCCAUCCACCAGGGGGCGUACCGCCUGCUCCACAACCUCCACUACCGCAUGCCCUUCCCCAUAGACCAGGACUUCUACGUCUCUCCCACCUUCCAGGACCUGUUGAACAACACCCUGACCGGACGGCCCACAGGCUGGUUCAAGACCCUGCAACAAUACUACUACAGGGACCGCUGGGAGCUUUUUGACUUGCGGUCGGACCCAGAGGAGGCUGUGAACCUGGCUGGGGACCCGGCUCUCGCCCCGGUCCUGGAGAGCCUCAGAGACAGGCUGCUGAAGUGGCAGUGGGACACUGGGGAUCCGUGGGUCUGUGGACCAGACGCUGUGCUGGAGGACAAACUGGAACCACACUGUCGACCGCUCUACAACGGACUCUGACCGCAACUAGACCACAACUGGACUUUGAUUUAUUGUGGAUCCAAUCAUAUUUAUUUUAUAAAGCCCUUUUAACAUCAGCAGUAGUCACAGUGUGAUUCAUAGUUAGCCGGCCUGAACCUCCACAGAGCAAUCAAUGCAGAAGAAGAAUCACAGUGGCCAGGAACAUCUCCCUAGAAAGAAGGACUCUAGGAAGUAAGAUGGAGAGGAAUCCGGCUCCAACGAUGACCCAUCCUUUUCUGGCUGUACCAGGUAGAGGUUAAGAGUACGUGGCCAUUAAGAGUACAUGUGGCCAUUAAGAGUACAUGUGGCCAUUAAGAGUACAUGUGGCCAUUAAGAGUACAUGUGGCCAUUAAGAGUACAUGUGGCCAUUAAGAGUACAUGUGGCCAUUAAGAGUACAUGUGACCAUUAAGAGUACAUGUGGCCAUUAAAGGGGUACUUGGGGAUUUUGUGCCAGCCACAGCUGUCUUUAUUUUAAUGUGAGUUAUAACCCAUGAGUUAUGACUAUAGGGCCAGGAGUUUUGACCAGAAACCACCUCGUGACCUGAACAGGAAGAACUAUGGGUUGUGAUUAAGACCAUCGAUGGCUGAAAAACAAAACAAGCUUCAGUGCAAAUGUUCUGGAUUUCAUACAAUGUAUGUUUUGUAUGAUGUCAGUUUGACAACAUCUAGAUGUCGUUGGGAUUUGAUGUAUGUUUUGUAUGAUGUCAGUUUGACAACAUCUAGAUGUCGUUGGGAUUUGAUGUAUGUUUUGUAUGAUGUCAGUUUGACAACAUCUAGAUGUCGUUGGGAUUUGAUGUAUUUUGUCAAAUAAAGUAUUUUUUUGCUUC